CUACCUGCCCUUCUUCGGCUACCUUCGGCACGCAGACGGUGGAAUUUAUUGGAGCUCGCAAAAACCCACAAGAGGCAGAAGCAUCAGCACCACGAGAGCAGGAAAGCAAGAACACUGACCGCAGUAGAAAAAGGCUUUUUUCACGGGUACCGUCGCUACCUCUCUGCUUUUAGUUUGCCUGUGGCUGUUUAAUUUUUCAUCACCAAACACGGCACCGCUUAUACUACCCGUGUUACGAGCGCGUGUAUGUGCAGGGUGUUGUAAAGCGGCAUCAUCAUCACCAUCACCAUCGUCUUCGCAGUGCAGGCGGCUCGCGGAAACACCAAUUUUCCAUUUCCAUCGCUCUGUUCCGACGACACAGCGCGUUACGUUUUGUGUGCGGUGAAACGAACGGUGGAAAAUGAAGUGAACGUAGUGGCAGCAGCAGUGUUCCCGUUUUCCCUUUACCCACCGUGUACGUCUACGAACACGCAUUUCGGUCGUGCAUUCACGGGGUGUGUGCGACGGGUGCAGCGCAGAAGAAGUCUCGAUUUUGUACACCGCCCCUGCCCUACCUUCCCGUAUCGUUCCGUAGUCGCGCGAGCCCAAGCGCGGGGCAUGGGUUUGGUCGAGCGAAAGAAAAUGUCGGCAAAUCGUCAUCCCGUCGUCAUCGUUCACUGACGGUACCGCAAAGAUACCUGGAGCGGGCCCUGGGAGCGGUGCGUCAUUCGUCCAUUCGUCGCUGCGUGCGUGUUGUGUGUGUGUGUGUGUGUGUUGAUCCGCGGAGCAUUGUGCUGCUCGGACAGGUCGCUCCCCUGCUUGCCGAGAGCCGUUGAUUCCGUGUGGGAUUUACGUACCGAAAUAAGGGGGACGCGCGCGUGAGUGUGUGUGGUGCGCCAAGUGGUCUUCUUCCUGUUCCGUUCCAAUCGUAACUCCACUUCCUCCUCACCUAGAGUCACACGGGCUUCUAGGCGGCGGUGUUGUUGUUGUCGUAUUGCUUUGUUACAUCGCAGUCACCGGAGAGAAAGCGGGGUACGAUGGGGCGGAUUGCCAGCUAGUGCAAAGUUGUGCUUCAUCAUUCCGUGUCACACACAGAAAGUAGCCGCUGCCGUGUGCUUAAGAGUGUGUGUGUGUGUGUGGGCCGUAGAAUCGUGUGUGGGUCGUGUGUGUGGGCUGGACGGGUUGGCUUUUGGAGUGGUACACUGUGGCCGUAUAUUGAGAUUUCGUGUGUGUUAGUUCCGUGUGUCUCUCGAGCAACAAAACAACGAUCAUCGAGUGUUGAAAGUGUGUGUGUGUGUGUGCGUGUGUGUGCGAUUGUUUCAAGCAUUUUACGAUAGUGCUAGUGCGUGCCUGUGUGUGUGUGAGUGUGCACGUCCGAUCACCAGGUGGGAGGCGAAGAAUUCAGUGUGUUUUGCUAAAAAAAUCGGCGAAGAAAGGAAAAUAGGGAAAGAAGGAAAAAAAGCACAACAGCAACAAACGCACUCACACCACCAAAGGUCGUGUAAAACAAAGCAGUACACGGUGGAAUGCAAAACGUCAGUCCACUGUGUGUAGCAAUAGUAACAGCAACAAGCAGCAGCACGACAUUGUUUGAAGUGUCCCACUCGGGUAGCGGAAACCCCUUGGCAAACGUGUAAAUUCACACAGUGAAGGCAUUUAAAUACCCGUCUGAAGGCGCUUUCUUUCUUUGUGGUGUACUGCUGCGGGAGAAUCGUAAAAAAACAACGGAAAGAGUGCUUCGCGGAUUGUCACAGCGAGUCCGAGCGCAGCUGCCCAAGUCUACGUCGAAAGACGGGAAAACCCCCUUCGGUUUCCCUGUGUGCAUCAGUGCGUGCGUGCGUGCGUGUGUGAGAGGGGGAAAACACGGUCAUAUUGUGAUCAUAAUAGGUGACAGGAAAGUAAACGCGCGGCCACGAUGAGCAGCGGCAACAGCACAACGAACAACGAUGUUAGCAGCAGCGGGGGUGUAGGCGGCAGUGAUGGAAGCAGCGGGAGCAGCAUCGAAGCCGAAUACAACGAAAUCGUAUCCCGGAGAGGUUGGCCAAUGGUGUUCCAGGAUAUUCGCGAAAGGAGCGACAUUCAGGCGCGGGCGAAAAAGUUUUCCACUGACGAGUCCAAAAAGCUGGAGAACCGGCGACUGAAUCGAUACCGGGACGUGCUACCGUACGAUCAUUCCCGAGUGGCCCUGAAGCGUGGCGAAGGCGACUACAUCAAUGCGAACCUGGUCAAGAUGGAACGUGCUGGGCGAAAGUAUAUCCUAUGCCAGGGACCGCUCCCGCACACGGUCGGGCACUUCUGGAUGAUGGUGUGGGAGCAUGACUCGCGCGCCAUCCUGAUGUUGAACAAGCUGAUCGAACAAACGACCGUCAAAUGUCACCAGUACUGGCCGGCCAAGAUCGGCGAGAAGCAUCGACUCGAGCUGACGGGCGUUCAGCUAUCGGUAGUUCAUCUGAAGUGUGUGGAGUACAAGAACUUCUGCAAACGAACGUUUAGACUGACUGACAUGGAGUCGGGCAAGAGUCGCGAAGUGAUACAGUUUCACUACACGACUUGGCCGGAUUUCGGCAUCCCGAGCUCGCCGGUAGCAUUCCUGCAGUUUCUGAAGGAGGUGCGCGAUUCGGGAACGCUCGACCGGCACGUUGGCCCACCGAUUAUCCACUGCAGUGCCGGCAUCGGGCGUUCGGGAACGUUCUGUUUGGUGGACUGCUGUCUCGUGCUGGUCGACAAGGAGGGGGAAGAUCGAGUGUCCGUUCAAGAUGUACUGCUUGAGUUGCGACAGUAUCGUAUGGGGCUGAUUCAAACGCCGGAUCAGUUGUACUUCUCGUACCAGGCCAUCAUCGAAGGCAUGAAGCGCAUGAAUAACUCCUCGUUCGAGGAGUUUGAAGAGCUGACCGUUGUGGCCUCGUCCAGCCAGCAGAACAGCGACCAGGAGGAUAACGAGGAUACGCCACCGCCGCUGCCGCCACCGCGCACCCACUCGCUGACGUCCAAGCCGCUGCCGGUGAUUCCGACGAGCGAGAGCGUCCACGAGGACUUCCUGCUCGGCGGCAGCAAUGGCGGCGACCGCGACAAGGUGAACAAUCUCGUCAAUCUGGAAAAGAGCAAGCAAUUUGAGAUGGGUGACGAAAACCAUCACCACCAUCAUCACAACAAUCACCAUCAUAAGCGAAGCGACGGCAGCAACAACCACCACAACAACCAUCAUCACCAUCCGUACAGUAAUCGGCCGUUGCCGCCGAUCGUGCGGGACAGCUCGCUGUACAAAGUGAACGAAAUGGAUAGCGAUGGCGGCGGCGCUGGUAGUGGUGGCGUGGGCAGCAGUGGCAGCGACGGCAGCGACUCCAACGCGAUGAGCAGCGAGGACGAGCUGAUCGAGGAGAACGAUAGCGACAUCGGCGAGGAGGAGGAGGAGGAGGACGACGAUGAGGCAGAGCUGGAGGAGAAGAACCGCGGCACCAUUGGCCGAGACGUUCCGUCCGACAACAGUGAUAAUGUUAAAAGUUCGCUGCUGGAUGAAAGUAGCAGCAGCACGACAACGGCUACGACGACGACGGCGACGGGAGGAGCCAGCAGCACCACCGCCAGCAGUGGAACGUCCACGGGCCUGUCCACCUCGACGUCGGUGUCCACCUCCUCGUCCACGACGGCCAGCGCGAUCGGAUCGAACAACUCGACGCUGGAGUCGAAGCGGGGCGACUCGAAAGCGGGUGAGGAAGCGUUCAACGCUAACUCGAGCCUUCCGCCGCUGCCGAACGGUGCGCUGGACGAUGGUGACGAUCCGAUCUCCAGCCCGGAGCGCGAAUUGUCGGAGGGCGCCGAACUGCGACGCCGCAAGCGCAUCGAGCGCCAGUCAGCAAUGGAGGAGAAAAUACGCGAGAUCAAGCGCAAGCGGAAAGAGGUGGAAAGCAAGGGAUCGCCGAAAAAGCGCAGGAAACAAAAAGAAACAGAUAAAUGAUAUUUGGAAAUUCCCUGGAAGGUAUACUUUAUUUGCCACAUUUAAAAGACGGUCAGCUAUACCCGACACAACAAAAUACAGCACGCGCACGCGAGAUGCACGGUACAACACUGUCAUCUCGUCGUGGGGUGUGUUGGAACACCGCGAAGGAAAGUGCAUUCAAAACAAUUACUUCAACGUCGGCACAUGGUGGACGAUUCCUAACACUUGAGAAACGAUGUUUCUUCAAGGAUAAAUCACGCCCGCUGGAAAUAUCGGAUAAAUCCGAACAAAUAUCACCACGUUAACACACACACAUAUACAACCGUAUACACCUUAACAGAAAGCAUACCUAUGGAAUGACGGGUGUACACCGAAGGCAAAAGACUGCUUUUAGCUACGGUAAACUAGAGUAAGUGGGGGAUUUUUUUUUGCGGGUAUGGGGUGGAAUCGUAAUAAUUAGCCAAGCAAACACAAAUGCAUCCGAACGUGUCCGUACAAUGUCCCAGGGCGUAAAGAAUGUCAAUUUUUGUGCAACUAAGGGGGGAAAAGAUGCAUAAUCUACUACUAUAUGCGUAGUGUUUUGUUUGAUUUUUGGACAAUCUCGCA